AUGGGGCCGUCCCUGCACACCGGCGUGGGCAUAUGCUGCAGAAAUUUCCAGAGAUACCGCAUUCUGCACAUCUCAUGCCGGCUUCGCAUUUCCUCCCCAGAAAUUCCCUGCAGCCAUGGCGAACACAUCUGGCUCCAGAAGCCCCCACUGAAGCUGGCCUUGCUCUCUCUCGCCAUGGCCUCUCACUCAGGUAUCGCUGGUCCUGGUGCUUCCGGAGUCUUGGGCAUCAUCUUAUCUCACCAGGAAGAUUCUGGAAGCACUGCCCCCAGGGUUGGCUCAGCAGCGGCUGCAGGGAUGGAGCCGGGGUGGGCAGGGGUGUGUGAUGCAUGCGCUCAUGGCAUCGUUCUCUCUCCAGGCCCCUCGACAUCUGUGCUCUUUCUGUUCUGCUGCCUGGGAGGCUGGCUGGCCUCCCACACGUUGCCCGUCCGUUUACUACGACCAAGUGAUGAUAUACAGAAAAUAGUCGAGGAAUUACAGUCCCUCUCGAAGAUGCUUUUGAAAGAUGUGGAGGAAGAUAAGGGGGUGCUCGUGUCCCAGAAUUACACGCUGCCGUGUCUCAGCCCUGACGCCCAGCCGCCAAACAACAUCCACAGCCCAGCCAUCCGGGCAUAUCUCAAGACAAUCAGACAGUUAGACAACAAAUCUGUUAUUGAUGAGAUCAUAGAGCAUCUCGACAAACUCAUAUUUCGAGAUGCACCAGAAACAAACAUUUCUGUGCCAACAGACACCCAUGAAUGUAAACGCUUCAUCCUGACUAUUUCUCAACAGUUUUCAGAGUGCAUGGACCUCGCACUAAAAUCAUUGACCUCUGGAGCCCAACAGGCCACCACUUAAGGCCAUCUCUUCCUUUCGGAUUGGCAGGAACUUAAGGAGCCUUAAAAAGAUGACCGACAGCUAAGUGUGGGAACU